UAGCACAUGACUUAUUUGAAGGAUGGAUCAAUAACGAUCUCUUUCUCAUAUUGAAACGUCUCUCUAAAGAGCAACGAUUAUCUGCGUUGUACAUUCAGGGAAGAAUCAAUGAAGUUUUCCAUAAGUUGAAAAUAAAUACGAAAAUUGUAAUCGAUUUCACGAGAAAAUCGAAAAAUAUAAAAGCGAAAGCUUGUGACAUCUGGCAUAUUGUCCAAAUUCUUCCAUUGAUACUACUCAACAAACCCGUGAACUACAACGACCCAUUAGUUAAAAUGCUAAUGUUAAUGAAAAACAUUACGGAUAUAGUUACAUCAACUGUAGUCUCACAAACACAAGUCCACCUUUUGCGAUCGCUGAUAACAGAAUAUUUGGAAUCCAGGAAAACCCAUUUCGACACCCCACUUAGGCCGAAACACCACUUCACUAACCACUAUCCUAGACUUAUAACGGAACUAGGACCUCUCAUGUCAUUUUGUACAUUGCACUGCGAGAGAAAACACUGUUUUUUCAAGCGAGCUCUACGAAGCACUUUAAAUUUCAAAAAUGUGGUGAAAUUCUGUGCUGAGCAACACCAGUUUUACCAGGCAUUGUUGGGGCAGCAGAAUAGUCGCUUUGACAGAGAGCUCGUACUUACUACAUUCGUAGACAACUAUGAAGAUCUGCCUGUAGAAAUUCAGACGGAUGUAAACAAGCAUGGUCUCCUCAGCUAUGAAGCCAUAUAUGCUGAAGAAGCCUCAUAUUGUGGGUACGAAUACAAGUUAGACAACUUCUUGUUCCUCGAACACGACGAAUUUGGAGAGCAAUUUUAUGUGGUCCAAAUUCAGCUUUUGAUUUUCAACAAAACCAGCGAACAAAUAAUAAUCUUUGGUCAAAAGCGAUCCGUUAUACAUGCUCAUGAAAAAGGCCUUAUGGAAAUCACUUCGGAUUUACAUGGAACUGUGGCUAAAAACAUAACGGAAUUUGUUGAUCGAGCGCCUUUGAGAGUAUUUUGCGAAAAGAAUAAGCAAUACUUGUUUAUCCAACAUGCAAUCCCGUUAAUUUAAACCAGCGUAAAAUCCAAAACAAUACAAGAAUAAUUAAAAAUGGGAGAUAAGGUGAAAAUCUACAAAGUAUGCGAUGUAUCCCGAAUCAAUCGUUUGGCCCUGCCAGCUCAUCCCACCAUUGCCAGUUUAUUAGAACAAGGUUCAGGAGCAUUCUGUAAGAAUCUUCAAGCUGUAUACACCGAAGCUGAUGGAUGCAGAAUAGUGACCGACCUUGCACUUUCCGCAUUCGAAAACCAACUUCUAAUGCUGUCAGCAGAAAAUGAAACAUGGACACCAUCCUCGUCACAGUACGCGAAUCAGAGUUCCGCCUUAGAAGGUUCAGGAUCGGUUGUGGUAGAUUCGAAGCAGGAUCAAUCAACGUUGCAAGUCGUAACUGUACCUCGAAUCGUGUCGGUCGUAUCCGAAGCUGAUGUAUUACCACCCUCGAGCACACAAAUGAGCGCAACUGAAAUGAUUGCUGUGCAAUUUUUGAACAGUGACGAAGAGUUGCUACUGGAUGCUGAACUUGACGUACAAGACCCUAUUGCCUCCAAUGCGGAUAGUGCUCAGGAAACUUUCGAAGAUGAAAUAGUUAGUGUUCCGAAUGAAGCACGUGCGGCUGAACAACGAAAUGCGGAAUUGGGAAAUUCCUCGAAAGCAACCAACGAUGGUGGUGUUCAACUUUCAAAGAUAAAUCCUGACAAACAAGGCGGCUCAGAGGAUGUUGAAAAUCAAUCCCCGAAUUCAAGCGAGAAACGUGGCUCCUCCGAUAGCGUACAGUUACAUAAAAGCUCGAAAAAACACGCAUCUACCGAAAUGAAGUUCCGUUGUUUCAAGAUCAAUUGGGAUAAGCUUGGCGAUAGUCUUCUCAAUCGAUUGCGUGCGUUGGAGGACUUCAAACGGAACAAUCGAGGGGUUCCUGUUCCGGUAACAAUACGCAUAGCCAAGACCGAAGUGACUACGUUAGCGAACACGGUUGUGGAUCAGCUGAGAAUGAUCGAUACGCAAAUCAGAUCGGAUGUAAUGGAAACGGCAGCACGUCAAGUCUUAGACAAGUUCCCAGCUUUGGACUAUACCGAUGACGAUGGGUUCGGAGCCGGCCAAGGAUAUGUGGAUAUCAAAUACAAGUUGAUCAAUCGUAAUAAUUAUUUGAAUCGCUUUAAAUCCCCUCAAGCAGCUUUGACGAACACCGUAACGAGUUUAAAAAAGAAGCGGAAUGCUAGAGCGGGUACGCUGAAAGAAUACUGGCAGAAGUCUGCCAGUGAAUGUGACAAAAGUUCGGUUUCGGCUCUGGUACGCGAUGACCCAAGUCUGAUGACGGAGGAGCUGCUGCUUAAAACCCAGGCCUUCAUUCGAUGGAAACUGGACGAAAAAGUAGACACAAAGCAAAUGAUUUCACAGCUUCCUGUUCUACGACGACGGUUGUUGGUGAAUUUCCACUUCGAGCAGGCAACCGGUGUGAACAUCACCGACUUGCGGCGCUAUUUUAUGAUGAAAAGGGAAAAACUCGUGCAAUACUCGCUGACCUGCAAAUCGGAGCUCCACUUGAGUAAAUCAGCAUCAGAUUACGAUAUAUUGAAAUUUCUAUGCUCGCUUGUUGGGGAAGACUUCGGAGAUUUUAUCAUUCAAAAGGAUAUUGGUACUCGUAUUGACGAUAUCACCAUUGACGGUUCUGGACCGGUGCUGGUAGCUGUUGAUGUCGGAAACGAUAAAACGAUAUUCUACGUAUACGCAAAUCGGACACGUUUGUCCGAGGGAGCUCAUGAUGUGAUUGCCGCAGUAGAGGACCUAUUCGCCAUCCAAUUUGUACACAAUUUCAUGUACACAAAAUCGGUUUCAAAAUUCAUGGAACUGCUCCAGGAAUACUUCCUUAAGAUCAUAACUUUUGUGGCGUCGAAGUCGGGUGCACGUCGAGUAGGACAAAGGCAACAAAAAGUCAGAAAAGUCAUUUCUGCGUUGUCUAACUUUAACGUUAGCAGUUAAAACAGCAUUUGUUUUGUUUGGUCAGGUCUGUCGGGCUGUUUAUAAUAUGAAUUAACUAUACAUAAAU